GCUUCUCUGGUAAGCAGCUUUUUAAAAGCGUUGCUAAUGUAAAUUACUUUAAACAUGUUUCUCCAUAAGUCUAGGUUAUAUAGCUUCUAACGUCCCAUGAGAGUGCGAGUUCGAUAACAUGAUAAAGAAACCAUUGAUAUUGCGAUGGCAAUGACUGAACUACAAGCCAGCAGCGAUAUCCGCCCUAAGUCAGCACUCGUGCAGAUUACAGAGAUUCAGGAGAAGACAGUCAAUCCGACGCCUGUGCGUAAACGGCCAUCUGAAACCCUAAGUGAUGAAUUCCUAACUGAGGAGAGACUUAGGGAGUUGACAGGAUUUAGCGAUUUGAGCAUGGUUUUGUCUCUAGAUCUUGAGGUUGACAUUGAUCGUAUAUCCGUGGCAAACUUCGGAUCAUAUUUACCAAACUUGAGACAUUUGAGAUUAUCUAAUAGUAAUAUUCCAGCUGUUCGAGAUCUUGGGACAUGUCUCAACACUGUGGAGGUCAUUUGGAUGCCUCGCUGUUGUCUUGUUAGCCUUGAUGGGUUAUCAAGUUUUACAAAAUUAGUAGAAUUAUACGUAGCUUUCAAUGGAGUAUCGGAUCUUAGUCCAUGUGCAAUGUUGGACAAUAUCGAAGUUAUAGAUCUUGAGGGCAACCUGAUCGAAGACAAAAGCAGUUUGUCAUAUCUUCGUCUCUGUCACAAACUUACAUCUCUUACUCUUGAAGGAAAUCCUUUUGUUACAAAACAUGGUGGAAAAGUGAGGUACAGGAAGGUCGUGCGAGAAGAAUUACCACAGGUAUCCAUCCUUGAUGACAUUUCAAUACAGGACAAUCCUACGUCACAUUCAGGGGAAUAUGAUAUAACCAAGUUCGAUAGUGAAUGGGAGUAUAUAAACAUCCUCUUGAAAGAAUUCGGUUUACUAUCUAGUAAAACGAAAAGUAUCGUAGACGGGGAAAAGUCAGGAUAUCCUCUGGUCACUGGAGAGACAAUAGAGGCGGGUCGUUCAACCUUAGGUCUAAGACCAACCUCAGCAUUGAAACAGAAGUAUCAGAAAAGCAUUAUACAGUUUACUGAACCUAAGGAUGGUUACAACAUUCUGAAGCUUUCUAGAAGUUCAUCAGUAGUGAUGGAUAAGGAAGUUAAAUUGAAUGAAGAAGAGCUUGUUUCUGAGCUUACAACAGGAAAAGUUAUAUGUGGAGGUAUCAGUGCAGCACUGCGUUAUCGAAGAUUUUCACCCCUGGCAGAAAGUGGAAGUGCAGCUAGUUCAGCUUUGGACAAUAGUUGUAUAUGCAAAUUAAAAACAGGAAAUCUAAAUCAAAAUGAACCUACUGACCAACAGACCAACAAUAUCACAACAGUUUUGGAUCAUGAAACAAUUUCGAACGAUGAAUUUUAUUUACGUAAGGAAUGUGAUAUCGUUUUGAAAGAACUCGCCGAGUGGAGAAAACUACACUCAGAAUCAAAACUACUUAACUCAUGUAAAAGUACAAAGAGAAGAAAGAACAAAGUUACAAAAGCAGAUUUGGAAUGUCCCUCAGUCAUUUUAUCACCUAACAGUGAUGAAAAUACAUUAGAUAAUCAUAGAGAUGUAAAAGAGGAGUGCACUGAAGAUGUUGUCAUAUCAAAUAAAUCAUUAGAAAAUUGUUACCAAAAAACAUAUACAACGCAUAAAAAGAAGCUUGCGAAUUCGAAUCAAAAUCAAAAUCAUAAAAAUCCAGCACCGUUUAAAAUGUCAAACGAAAUCGACAAAAGUCAAAUUAAAAUUAAACAAGCGGGUAUUGGUAAAAGCUCAAUUAAUAAUCGAUCAGUAUCUGAAGUCUGUUCUUUAUCAGAUUCACCACUGCCAAUUAAUUAUGAUCCGAUCAACACGAAUACAUCAUCUGUUUUUCCAAUUUCAUCAAAUUGUUCUUCCAAUAGACAAAAGUUAAAGGACUCAUCAUCACAUGUUGAAUGGUAAUAAUUGUGUGGUAUUAUUGUUCAUUAUAAUGCAUUAUUCUUUUCAUCUAAUAAGUUUUAAUAAAUAAAUAUUUGUUAAAAUGAUAGCUUUUUGUAUUCAAUUGUAAUAGAAAUUGGUCCCGUGAAUAAUUAUUUAGUUCUCUUUUAUUAAUAACUGGUCACAUUUUUAUUCACAUGAUAUAGAUGAGUAGGAAAAUAGGUGAUUGAAUAAAAAUUUAAGCUACCUGGUUAUAAAGUAUUAAAUUGGUAAUCUCAAUAAGAUAUUUGAAAUACAUCUCAGGAUCAGGAUAGUUUGUCAACUUAGAAUCAUGCUUGACUAAUGAUUGAGAAGACGACUGGGGACAAUGGAAUACAACGAAGCACAAAAUUACAGAACAUCUCAAUAAAAUCUGACAACCAUACAGUAAACCAUUGAUUUGCAAACUACUAAUCAGUUGUUUCAAUCUUGAUUGUUCCUUCUUCAAAUAUUAGUCCAUCGUCUCCGAUUAUUAUUAUUCAUGCAUUUUCGUACCAAUUGCAUUAUGUUUCUGUUGUUUCGUUAUCGAUCUUCUACUGAAAUACACUCUAUGUCUGACCAUCAUCAUUUACUACUUAUAUGGAUAUAAGUAAACCACACCACAACACGUCUUCAAUUCAAAGUCAAUCUUGGAAUUUAAAUCGAUAAAAUUAUUGUGUUUUGUUAAUACUGUUCAUAGUGGUGAUAGGGUCUAAUCUUAGUAACCUUCUAAGUCCUUAAGUAAGUGGUAAUCAUUUACAUAGAUUUUAAUUAGUUCACGAUAGCUAUUUCUUAAAUGGUAUGAUUCAUAUAUCAAGUUUUUACUUGUUCACUGAAGAUUAUUUGAACAUGAUAAUAUUUACAAAUUUAACCUGGAUUUCAAACAUUACAUUCUUUUUAACUUUUUCGAUGAACAAGUGAACGUGGAGAAUGGGGAUACUAGUUCACAAGAUAUUCACAGUCAAAAAUUGUUAUUAAAAAAUAAUCAUCCCCAGCAACAACAUCAGCCCCAAAUAUCCAAGGUCAGCAUAUUCAAAUCAUCUCAUAUCAAUUCAGCCAACAGAAUCAAUCGAAAUGAAUCAGGGAAUAAAUUAGCUCUGAAAUUCACCAAAUCAUCUAAUAGUACUAUACAACCAUUACCAUCUAAACCCUUAGUAAAACAUGAAAAUUAACCGAUGGAAUUUUUGUUUUUGUAUGGUUAUUAUUUUAUAUGCAGAUGUAAAUGUGUGUAUGUGUUGUUUAUGUAUAUUUGAGGAUUGAUAAUUAUGCAUUGAAUGAUCUUUGUUUUCUUUCUCUCUCUCGCUCGCUCUCACUUCCACAAUCACACACAAGUACUCUGUUUUUGUAUCUAACUCGUUAUGUGAAAUAAUAGUAAUUGUUCGCUUUUUAUGUAAUCCUAAAUCAUUUGUUAUUCUUGUUGGUGGUUUUUUCAAGGUUUGGUGUAAGUUGCGUUUAUUACUAAUUUAAAACAACUAAAAAUAGUGUCCUUGUUAGUAAUUUGAUUUUAUGAAUUACCUUGGAAAUUUUAUUAAGUGUUUUUUAUAUUGAUGAAUUUUAUGAUUUAGAUGGUUUAAUUAUAGAGUUUCAUUGUCUUUCUUAACAACACCAUCGACUUUAUGGAAAGUCCAAUCAAGUACACGGUCAUAGGUCACUGAAACAAGACAGUUAACUUGAAAAUAAAAAGGAUAAAUGAGGGCAACAAGACCGAUAAAGGAAAGUAGUCAUAACAAAUAAGACCGUCAAAAUCAAUUGAUUUUAAAUCAGUGGGAACUUAUUUCUAUAUGUUGCUAAUAUUGUUGUCCAG